AUUUGUGAUUCGUGUUUACAAAUAUUCGGACUGGACGCGCGUUACUGGCCAGUGUUUAAAUAUUCCAAAAUUGUGUUAAAAAUGUUCUGUGUAUAAAUCUUAUAAAUCCACAAAAUGGCGGGCAAAGUUAGUGAAACUGAAUUGAGUGACGUAAAAAAUGCAAAAAAGAACGGUGAAGCGACAGAUGUUUUGGAAGAAACUAAAAAUGGCGAAACCACAAAUCCUGCUCCGGAGACGGAGAAGAACAAGUUGAAAGCGUUUUUCAAAUUCUUCACAGUGGAACCGUAUUUGUUUUGUUUCGUUUUACCUAACAUCAUAUCAGCUGUGGCAGUUCAGAAACUAAACAUGGAGAAAGCGUGUCGCGCAGAUCUCAACUAUUCGGAAUAUGUUUGUACGGGAGCGAUUUCUGGGACCCUCGAUGAUAAUUUGACGUCAGAGGCUUUGAGCGGUGCACAGAUCAUGGUAGCGGACAUGACUGCUUGGACUCAACCGCUGCAGAGCAGCAUACCGGCUGUAGCGAUCUUGUUCAUCGGAGCUUGGAGUGAUGCCACAGGAAACAGGAAAUAUUUGAUGCUUGUCCCUGUUUUUGGAGAAUUGGUAUCAUCGUUGUUACUGAUCCUCGCAAACUAUUACUUUAUAGAGUGGCCGCUGUGGGCGACUGGGUUGAUAGAAUCGUUACCCUCGGCUUUAGCUGGAGGUCUAUCCAUAGCUCUGAUGGGUUCAUACAGUUACAUAGCGGAUAUAACGACGUUGGAGACGCGGACUUUUCGGAUGGGUUGCGUUGCUGUGAUAGUCACAUUGGGAAUACCACUGGGAUCAUCUAUUAGCGGCGUUUUAACUGAGUCAGUGGGUUACUACGGCAUAUUCGCUAUAUGUGCAGCUCUAUACGCGUUUGGAUUAGUGUAUACUUACGUCAGGAUCCAUGAUGUCAGAAAUGAACCGUUAAAAGGCACGCUGGUUCAGAAGUUAAUUAGUUUCUUUCAUCCGAGAAACGCGUGGCACACGAUCUCUCUUUUGAUACUGUCGCCCAAGAAGGAGCUGAUCCAAAUAUGGUUGGUUGUUUUGGCUCAUAUCGUCCUCAUAGGACCCGUUUUUGGUGAAAGCAGCGUCUUAUUUUUGUAUACUCUGAGGAAAUUUAGCAUGGACAUAGUGGACUUCAGCUUAUUUUCGACCUAUUCUGUUGUGAUGGGAUUGAUUGGAACGGCGUUAGCUGUGACCAUCUUCAGCCAACGUCUUCAGAUGCACGAUUCCCUGGUGGGUCUCAUAGCGGCCAUUUGCAAGGUGGUGUCGAGCUUCGUAUACGGACUGGCUCCCAACCGGUCGUGGUUCUUCUCCGGACCAGUGUUCGACCUGUUCGGCAGUUCUGGCGGCACUAUCAUUAGAUCCUUGGGGACCAAGGUCGUUAUACCGGAGAAAGUUGGCAAAAUGUGCUCGCUGAUCGGGUUCGUGGAGGCGGUGGUGCCGGUGGCUUACACACCGAUCUACAGCAAGCUGUACUCGCGCACGCUGGACAGCUUCCCGGGCGCCUUCUACCUGCUGGGCGGCGUCAUGACCGUACCCGCCAUCUUUGUGUUCUUAACCCUGUACGCCACAUACCGCAAGGAGCAGAGGGACGUGGUCAAGGACCCUGACGCGAAGGAGACGCACGCCCACGACAACGAUGUCACCGUAUUAUAGACAUGACACUUUCGUUAUAUUCAUUGUUAAAGUUAAUUGUAGUAAUAAUGUUUAGCGUUAUAACAUGUGUAAAUAAAUGGAGAUUGAUAGUUAA